AUGACAGCAACUCAAGCAUUUACACAUCUUUAUUUUUUCAAAUUCAACUGCAUAUUAGGCUACAAUCUCACUCGUUUAAUUCUUCAACCAUCAUUAUCCAUGGUCAAACUCCGCCUUUCCCUUCUUCUACUCUCCAUCUUUUGCCUUGGAGGCUUUAUCGAGUCAGCCUCUGGAGCCAGGCAUUCAUCCAGGUCCCUGGACUACAUCAAGGAGUCCUGCAAUAAAACCCGCUACCGAGCCCUCUGUGUCCGGAGUCUCUCCGCGUUCGCCAACCAUACAGCCAAGACCCCAGAAGAGUUGGCUCAAAUCUCUUUGAUCGUAAGUUUGUAUAGAGCCCAACACACCAGGUCAUAUUUAUUGAAAGUGGAAAAAGAACUCAAGGCAGUCAAGGCAAGGGAGUGGCCAGCCGUGAGAGAUUGUUUGGCACAAAUAAGUGAGAGCGUAGACCAACUCGGCCAGUCAAUUAAAGAGCUACACCGCUUAAUUGAACAAGAUUUAGACGAUGAUUACUCUUGGCAUAUCAGUAAUAUUGAGACUUGGGAAGGGUCCGCUCUCACCAAUGCUUUUAAUUGCAUUAAUGAGUUCCCAGGUCGUCGAAUGAGCAAGAUGAAGGCUACCAUCAAGGGUAAAGUCACAAACGUGGCUCAAGUCACAAGCAAUGCUCUCGCUUUGUUUCAUAGAUACGCGGCUGCUUAUCGAGCCAGGGUCGUCAAGAAGCCAUAAUCAGACCUCUAUCUCUAUCUUCCAUGAGGAUGUAAACCUUGUUUCUGCAUAUAAUGAUCAUCCCCACCCAUCUUCUUCUGUGUUAUUUUCGUUGUUCUUAUUCAUGUUGUGUAGAUAAAAAUUAU